ACAAGUCCGAAACUCAACUCUAAGCUCUGAAAUUCAGCUUUCGAAAAUUCUUCAUUGUUAGGCAACUCUGCUCUCUUCAAUUCUCAUUUUACAUUCCCAAUUUGGCUUCGGGUUUUUAAUUUUGCUUGCUCUUUGAUGGGGAAAGGAGGAGGCUGCGUUCCCAGCAAGAAGAAGCCACCGCCUGUCGCCGGAGAUUCAUUGCCGGACGUCGCCGGAGGAUCGGGUACUGCGCCGAUCCCGGUCCAGGAGAACACAGUAAGCGAGGGAACCGAUGCGCCAAUACAGGAAACGGUGACGUCGGUUUCUGUUGAUACCAAAUUGAAGGUCUUCAUUGUGUUCUAUUCCAUGUAUGGACACGUUGAAGGGCUGGCGAGGAGGUUGAAGAAGGGUGUGGACGGUGUUGAAGGUGUGGAAGGGGUUUUGUAUAGGGUGCCGGAGACAUUGCCGAUUGAGGUCUUGAACCAGAUGAAGGCACCGCCCAAGGACGAAACCAUUCCGGAGAUAACGCCGGCGGAGCUUCCUGCCGCCGAUGGGGUCUUGUUUGGGUUUCCGACGAGGUAUGGUUCCAUGGCAGCGCAAAUGAAGGCUUUCUUUGACUCAACGGGGCAGUUAUGGAAGGAGCAAAAACUUGCAGGGAAACCAGCUGGCUUCUUUGUAAGUACUGGCACUCAAGGAGGUGGUCAAGAAACUACAGCUUGGACGGCAAUCACUCAGUUGGCACACCAUGGAAUGCUGUAUGUUCCUAUUGGAUAUACCUUUGGACCGGGAAUGUUCAAAAUGAACUCAAUUAGAGGGGGUUCUCCAUAUGGUGCAGGAGUAUUUGCCGGUGAUGGCACAAGAGAGCCAAGUGAAACAGAGCUUGCCCUUGCAGAGUUUCAGGGCAAGUAUAUGGCUGUUAUAGUUAAGAGGCUCGCCCAGUCAUGAUGGUGUUUUCUUGAUUUCAUUCUAUUCUUGUUGCUCAUCUGUAUUUUUUUACCUUUCUUUGUUGUCAAAUUGGUUCUGGCAUUAACCAUUGCAUUGCACCGAGGAAUGGCAGCUCUGUUCCACCAUCAAUUCUGUUGAGAAUGGGGAUCCCAUUUUGUUCUCGGUUCUGUAUUCUUCUGGAAGCUGUAGAUGUUUAUAAAGUUAUAUCAAAU